CCCAGGCUUGUAACGUUAGGGUCAGAGGUUUCAUUUUUCCUUAGAUUGGCAUUACUUUGAUUUUUGUUUUUGUGCCGAAUUUGACAGAUCUAUUACUUUUUAUUUUAUGAAAAACUUCCCAUCUGUAUUUAAUUUCUUGUUAAACAGAGUUAUUUAUUAGAAUAAAUAUGGAUGAUAAGGAAUCAAAUAAAGACAACAAGACUAAGAGCACGUCAAAUGAAGAAGACAAAUCCAAGGAAAAUGCGAAACGGUUCAAAACAAACGAUUCUGGACUUGGCAGAUCUGAAGAGUCAAGUUCCAGCAACACUGAUCAGGAAACUGCAAGCACCAGUACUGACACUCAAAAUGGUGAGGUGUACAAGCGCUCGGGGGCUCCUGCAGUAACAUUUCGUACGACACCGAAUUCCCGAAAUCGCAAUUACAGAAAUAGUCGCGAAAAUUUAGACGACAGUGGGGAUAGGGAUGAUGACCCAAUGGGAGAGGAAGAGGCGACUCCACCUGCGGAAGAACCUCAAAACGAUGGUGAUAAUGACUGGGAGGAUCAUGAUGACAAUGACUGGGAGGAUCAUGAUGACAAUGAUUGGGAAGAUUACGAUGAGGCUGAAGAGGAAGACCUCCUGGAUGAGGAUACUUCAGGUGAAGACUCUCAUUUGUACAGUGACAACAGUGAUGACUCCACUGUUAUCCUUGAUACAGAUACUGAGGCUGAUAUUGAAAACCACCCACUUUUCAAAAAAGAAAAACCGAAACACAAGUGGUUUGUUCUUAAAGAAGUUGAUCAAAGACAGUUAGGUUACAGUGCAAAGUUGCAAAGUCGUGAGUUGUUUCAAAGAAGAUGCUACGGCUCCCUGCAUUGUGUACAGCGUUUAGAGUUAAUGUAUAAAUUAGAGGAGCAUGCAGGUUGUGUAAAUAGCUUAAAUUUUCACCCUGAUGGUACAUUGUUGGCUAGUGGCGCUGAUGACCUUAAAGUGGUCAUCUGGGACUGGAAAUUAGGUAAAACCUUGUUGAAAUAUAAGACUAAACAUAGGGCGAACGUCUUUCAAAGCAAAUUUUUGCACCUCCAUGGGGAUUUACAUAUCGCAACAUGUGCCAGAGAUGGACAGGUACGUCUGGCGCAAGUAAAUAAGGAGGAAGGAGUACGCAAUGCCAGACUUUUGGGGUCACAUAAGGGGCCCUGUCAUAAGUUAAUCGUGCUGCCAGAACAGCCCCAUAUUGUUUUAAGCGCAGGCGAAGAUGGUGCUGUUCUCAAUCAUGACGUUAGAGACCCCAAAAGCACCAAAGUAGUUACAGUAAGGGAAGAGUCGAAGACAAUAGCUUUAUAUAGUAUCCACGGCCACCCGUUGAAAUCGCACGAGUUUUGUGUUAGUGGCAGGGAUUCAAUUGUUAGAGUUUAUGACCAAAGAAAAAGUAAUAAGCCUGCAGCGACAUACACUCCUUUUGUAAAGGCAAAAGCUAAGAAUCACAGGAAUUACCACGUGACUUGUGCCGUGUACAACUACAACGGAUCUGAAAUUCUGGCGUCGUACAGUGAAUCAGACGUUUUUCUAUUUGAUGUUAACGAUACUGAACCUGGGAAAUUCAUUCAUCAGUAUCAGGGUCAUAAAAAUGGGGCCACUAUUAAAGGUGUCAACUUUUUCGGCCCCAAAUCUGAGUUUGUAGUCAGUGGUUCCGAUUGUGGCCACAUUUACUUUUGGGAGAGAAAUAGCGAAGCGCUUGUACAGUGGUUGCUUGCCGAUGAUAAUGGAGUCGUUAAUUGUUUGGAGCCACACCCCCAAUUACCCUUUAUUUGUACCAGUGGGUUGGAUUGGGAUGUUAAAGUUUGGGUUCCUUCCUGUGAAGUGGAACCAAAAAUGGAAGGUUUGAGUGACACAAUAAAAGAUAAUUUAAAAACGAAAUUAGGACAUGGGGAAACUGAAUUUAACGAAAAUAGGAUGUUGUGGAUUCUGUGGCGACAUCUCAGGAACACCACUAGACUAAGGGCGUCUAAUAUGCUUAAUGUUAGAGAUUUUCUGCAACUUUACUCCGACUCGAACUCGUCAGGGUCUGAAAGCGUGGCGAAUUCUGAUGGUUCCGAUGACGAUCUUGACAGGCCACCAAACUGUAAUACUUCUUAAUCAACGAAAUAAUUGAUUUAUUGUUUUUGUAGCGUUUAAUUAUAUUUUGUUCUAGUACCCCUAUAUUACUUAUUCAGUUUAUUAACCUUCAGUGAAAAUGUACAUGUAAAUGAUAACUAAAGUAUUAACAUUUUCAUGUGAUUUAGUUUUGUUUUGACAAAAUUAAAAUUACGUUUUGUCUAGAAAAUAAAUUUGUAUGAUAAAUGUA